UGGAAACAUGUACGACGCGGCUCCGCGAAUACUCCUCACUCAUAGUCACUGCUAAUGCUUUUGCGCAUACCAUUAGCCUUGACAGUUACUAGUUUUCCUCUUCGUAUACAUCUUGUCCGUAAGCUACGGCGGCCCGCACCGUGUACUCCUCGACUUCUCCACAACCCCACACCCACCAUGCCGCCCAAGGCAACACCGUCUGAGUUUCCUACACAAACAUUUGCAACGCCUGCAGACUUCGAGGCUUUCCUCGAGCGCGAACAUGCCACUGCGCCGGGCGUCUACGUUAAGCUUGCCAAGAAGAGCUCCGGUAUACCGUCGAUAACUGCCGCUGAAGCUGUCGAAGUCGCGCUGUGCUAUGGCUGGAUCGACGGUCGCGCCAACGCUUGCGAUGACGCGUUUUGGACAGUGCGUUAUACGCCGAGACGAGCGAAGAGUAUAUGGUCUCAAAAGAAUGUUGGGACGGUAUCGCGUCUCAUCGAGGACGGCCGAAUGCGUCCUGCCGGCCUGGCAGCCAUUGAUGCUGCGAAGGCAGACGGAAGAUGGGAUCGUGCAUACGCGGGCUCUGCUACAAUCGUAACGCCUGAUGACCUCAAGGAUGCGCUUGCUCGGGUGCCCGCAGCGAAAGCUCAUUGGGAAAGCAUGAACAAGAGCGAUAGAUAUGCUGCAUUGUUAAGGGUAGAGACAGGCACGAAGAACGCAAGGUCGAAAAGAAUACAAGGCAUAGUCCAAGGACUUGCGACUGGAAGACGGCAAGGUAAUAAUGCUGGUUCAAACCGGGCAGCUCGAAAGAUCCCUCUGAGAGUUCAAAGAGCCAGUCCAAAUGCUGAGCCAAAGGUGCACAGGACUUCGCCACUUCGAGCCGGACUUCGACAGCGCAGGACCUGAGGGGUGCAGACAUAUCAUUAACAUGCCGGCUAAUAUCCCUUCGCACACCAGUUCAAGGGAAGCAAAAAGGCUCGACUCAUUUGAUAAAGAUGGAAAAAUAAA